AUGCUGCGGGUCGUGCCGGGCUCGGGCCAGCAUUCUGAUAGUCGGAUCGGUUCUGACAUCAAUGAACCGGAAGCUGAUUUUAUUGCUCAAAGUAGUAUUUUACGAGCAUCGGCUCAAUGUUCUGAAACAUUAUUAACCACGAAAGUGAUCAAUGACAUUUCUGUAUCAUACAUCAUGAAAACAAUACGAAAGUCUUUUACAAAUAAAACCCUUUUGAAGAAAAACAGUAUAUCACCUAUUAUCGAAGAAUAUUGGCUUUGGUCAGCAGCUACCGCGUUCAAUGAAAUUAACCAGGGACUAUUGAACUCAGAUGAAUUUCGUAGCUUUACACCAUGUGGAGGCGUUUGUUUUGGUCUACACAAGAAGGAUAAUGAUCAUUACACUAUUCGAACUGAUCUAAAAGGGCAGAUAUAUUGUUUUCUACCAACAUGCAUGGAAUUCGAUUUUCCGUUUCAUAUUAAUGGGUGUUUUGCUGUUCAGUCAGAUCGUCGUCGACUUGUAGAAAAAUUUAUCGAUGACCGGAAGAAACGGCGGUUUCAAUGGAAUGAUCUUGUUUUAAAAGCUGUUUGCAAAGCGCUUUUACUUGGUUUAGAAAACGCCUUAACCUUAUGUGGUCCGCAUUCAUUUGAAACAUUGACAAAAUUCUGGCCUACUCCGAUCGAUUCAUCAUCACUUAAAGCGUUAGAAACAAUUUUCCUAUCAACACUUACUGAUCCAUCAAGAAAUUAUAAAGUACUUAGCGAUGGAGAUCAUAUCGGUUGUUUACAACAAAGUUGGUUUUUGAAUGUCAGUUUUCCUGAGUUAAUGCAAAAUGUUAUUUUGACUGAACUUCGUUCGAACUUGAUGCAUGUAUUACAAAACAGCGGGUAA